UACCCACAGAUGAGAUGAAUGAUCGUAUAAAAAUGGUUGGAGGAGGAAAAAGAGAAGUGAAAAGAAGUAUCUUUUCAAUUCGCAUUCACACUAUUAUAUUCCCCAUUUGUCAUUUAUUAACCCUUAUCAUCUUCAUCUCCAUUUUGGCUUUUGCAACUGCAAGCGAAGACGUUCGAGUUUCUGAAGCGAUUUGCAGCGAUUCACACCAAUAUAAUCCGAUAACCAGUUGUUCAAUGGCGAGCCAAUCUGAGACUGCUCAAUCCGUCCACGAUUUCACUGUCAAGGAUGCCAGAGGAAACGAUGUUGAUCUGAGUGUUUACAAAGGGAAGGUGCUUUUGAUUGUUAAUGUUGCAUCACAAUGUGGUUUAACGAAUUCGAACUAUGCUGAUAUGACCAAGUUGUACCAGAAAUACAAAGAUCAAGGUCUUGAGAUUCUGGCAUUCCCUUGCAAUCAAUUUGGAGGACAGGAACCAGGAAAUAAUGAGGAGAUUGUCGAGUUUGUUUGCACUCGAUUUAAGGCUGAAUAUCCAAUUUUUGACAAGGUUGAUGUGAAUGGUGCGAAUACAGCACCAAUCUAUAAGUUCUUGAAGAAAAGUAAAAGUGGGUUUCUUGGAGAUGGAAUUAAGUGGAACUUCUCAAAGUUUUUGGUUAACAAAGAUGGAAAAGUUGUAGAUCGUUAUGCACCCACCACUUCCCCAACCAGCAUCGAGAAGGACAUCAAGAAACUGUUGGGAGUUGAAUGAUGAUGAUCUUGGAGUUAUGAAAUGCCUUCAUUCCUACCUACCUACCUAUUACCUACCUUUUAGUUUAUUAUUAUGUAUAACAUCUGUCACUUAAAAUAAUAAUAAUAAGAAGAAGAAAGAAGAAGGUUAUUUAGAUAUGUAAUAAAAACAAAGCAACCGAUGUAUGUGUUUUAUGCUUCCUUCCAAGAUAUUUAUGGUGUUUGCUUUUGGUUGGUUGAUAAUUCAAUUUUUCAUUCUUAUUA